CAGUAUGUGCAGCAAUUCUGAAGGAGCAGGGGUAUCCGACCGAAAAUCUGCAACAAGGGAUGCCCUGAACCUAAUCGUGCAGAGGUCAAGGAUUUCCGUACUGCAUAUGGAUGGCUCUGACCGGAAUCAAGUUUCCAGCUUGCCCCGUAUUUUCUCGCUCACACUGGAAGGCGGACAGGCUGCUUUCUUCCCAAAACUCACCAAGCCAGGAAACCGGGCGGAACCGAAGCCCUCUGCCUCCGUUCUCGUCCAAUCUGUCAGUUUGGAGACAGCUUACGAUCCUCGCAAUACUCAAGUCAUAAUCGAGACUUGGAAGGCUAGACGCUUUUCAUUCUAAAGAAAUUCGCGCCGAACGUUGACGCUCGUCCGCCGAGAUCCAGCAAAGACCCGGAUGCUCCGACUCCCGGGGAGAUGGUGGUCAGCAUCUCCUUGCUGAAAGCGCGACUACAGGCUUCCGAUACCGUCAUAGCAUUCUGGAUUUGCGAACACUCCACCAUACAGGUCUCUCGAAAUAUCCAGGUUUUACGAGCCGAUUCCGCGCAAAAGAUCGACGGUGCAUUACACCUUGGAUCUCAGUCAAUAGGCUUUUGCAAGACUUCGGAAAUGGAUGAAUCUACUCUCAAAUCGAAUAUGCCGGAUGUCAUGAUGAGGCUGCCGGCUAUUAAGGCGCGCGGGGGACUUGUCAUGACAUCGAGCGAUGUGUCGGUGAAAGGCAGCAUCGCCAUCGAACGCUUCAUUGGCACAUUCAAGCCUUCCGUGCUGGAGAAGCUUUUGUCGGUAUUCAAGGCUGCGGAACAGGAUAUCCAGACACUCGUUUCGAUUGGCCAGUCAUUGCAAGAUGUCCCGAAGAGAACUUCAUCUCCGUCAGACGGCAUCCAGACUCGAUCUCGCGCUAUCCGCUACGACAUCGGCGUACGAAGUCAAGGCUUAUGCGUGUCUCUCCAAGCGACACAAGUCUUGUCGACUCUGACAAUCCAGACUGGAGCCAUCAGUGGAGAUCUGGCCAGUGAUGGCGCAUCGUCGGAUCCGAUGUGGAACGCGAACGUGACUUCCCUCUUGCUAUCGCUAGGUCAUCAGUCCACCCGAGGCGCACCUCGCUCCGACGUCUCAGCAACCCAAUCUGCGUCGAUGCAAUUCAGCUUGCAAAUCUCGCAAAACCCGGAAGAGCAAGUCCGCGACGAGUCUGGCACCGUAGCCGUCACACCGACCACCGUAGAUGUCCUCCUAGCUAAUGUUCAUGCGACAUUGCAAGUCUCCGCAUUGAGCGAGAUCUACGAUCUCUUGGGCAGUUGGUCGACGGAUCUUGGGGCCGUUAGAGCCCGCCGCAAAGAAGAAUGGGAGAAGGUCAUGAACAAGACGGAACAGUUGAUGAAGACCGAUCACACGCUCGAUUCGCCUGAAUUGGCAGAGGAUUGGUUCAUGCUCAAGCGUGUCAUCAACGUCCGCCUCACAGGACUCGCCCUUGCGGUGCCGCUGACUCUGAACGCAAUCCUUGAUCCGCCAGCUGUCAGGUCCGCAGCCUUGCUGUUCACAGUUGCGGCUGUGGAAGUCUCAAAUCAGAAGGGCGACUCUGGUAAAGUGGAAGUCAUCGACGUGCUUUUACAGUUUGUAGACAGCUUCGAUACGACCGACGCGGCACAGUACGACGGCUUGCAUCACUCGACUCGGAACCGAAUGCACUUGCCCCAUACCCUGAUGGAAGUGCGAAUGGAAAAGGACGAGGGCAGACUGGUGCUUGCAAACAGCACUUUCAAAGGUUUCGAGCUGCGCUUGGAUUCGAACAUCGUCAAGCAUGCGUUCAUGCUGCAGAGCGUUUACGAAACAGGAAAGCUGCAGAUCGAGCAGCUCGCUCAAGAGUAUCCCUUGGAAGGUGCGGUACCGGGACAGCCUCGUGUUCACGAAGAAGGACAUCAACGGAAGCAAGGACGUUGGCCCUUCGACCUGCAAUUCGCGUUCAACUUUUACAGCGGCUCUGUCAUCCUGUAUCAGACGAGCGAACCACACGACGCGAACCCUGUACGCGAUCGGAGGCGGGGCAGUCAAGCGGCGACUGCAGACAACAUCAAACUACCAGGAAUAUCCCUCUGGUUGCGCGCAGAGGAUCUCCGUCGCAAAUCGGUCGCCCCUGCUGGACACAGCAAAAUGGUGCAAAUAUUUAUCGUCGUUCACGCUAGCGAGAAUCUGCUCAAGCCCACUAUCUUGCGCUUCAUCGACGAGACACGCAAGGAAGCCUCGAUCCAACAAUUCCAGCGUCGACAACCUGCUGCGCCUCUGCGCGCGAUUCCAUCUGAACAAGCUCGUCAAGCUACUUCAAAGACCGAUGCGAACGCGACAGCAGAUGUUCCAUCCACUUUCGAAGACCGACUACCCGAGAUUCGUUGGGAAUUCGCUCUGCGUAUCGAUCAAUCCCGAAUGAGGUUGACUUGCAUGCCUGAUUCCCCUGUCCUGGCGGGUCUCGCUUGGCAGAGCGGUGGUAUUACCGCGCAAUACUGCCCAUCUCGCAGGCGACUUGUUGGAACUAUCGCGGUGAGCGGUGUGUCAUUCGAUAUACGUCACGAGUGGCUCAAGGACCAGGAGUGCGUGGCCGGCCGAGUUACCAAUAUGACCGGAUCAAUGACCUGGGAAAAGGAGACAGCGACCAGACCAGCAACCCUUAGCGUGGUCAUAGAGACCGAGAUGUCGGCAGAGAUGAAGUUGGCGCGGAUUCAGGAUUUGCUCUGCUUCAAAGCAGUCUGGGUCGACAGUCUCGCACCCGUGCCGCCGAGUAUCGACGCCAAGACGGAGUCUGAGCGUAUCAGGCCUAUUCCCACCAUUUGUGCGCCGCCACUGAUCGAGCCUACCUCGGCGAGACACCUGAUACUGUUCAGGAUUCGCCGUAUCGAGCUCAAGGCCGACAUUAAUGUCAGUCAGAUAUGCUUCGCGGUGGAACCGCUUGCUAUACGAAUGACCAAGACCGCAAAAGAGGAGCGUAUUGGCGGUGAGAUCGGGCGCCUGAUUAUCACCGCCAAUGGUAUCAUCACCGGGAGCGUCCAUGGCGAUCGUAUCGUUCUCGCGGCCAAGCGAUAUCCUCGCGGUCUCAUCGCACAAAAGGCUGCUCUGCUACACCUCAGCAUCGAGACUGGCUUGCUGCAAGCCGAAAUACAGCACGAAAGUCAGCCUUUUGGUUACCUACAGAUCGCACCGACAACCAUGUCACUGCAUGACGACUGGUCUGAUAUGGACGAUCGGGGCAUCACUCCGGAUGCUAGUCUCAACCUCUCCUUCAAAGUUGACGUAGGCGAUAUCGAUGGCUUUGCAGCGAUCUUGGCCUUGCCCGCCGUCUUCGAAUCUUUCGAAAGGGUCGAGAGCACUUGGCAGCAUCAAGUCGACAAUGCAAAAUCCGAAUCUUUGGCCUACCGCGACUAUUUGGAAGCCAAGCCUGACGAUGCAUUUGCGGCGGUGGCGGCAACAAUGCAAAAGUCGGCCCAGAGCAAACGCACAGACAAUGACUGCCGCGUCAACAUGAAGAUCGUUCGAACCAUGACCUUGCGCGCCAACAGGACCCGCAUCGGGAUCUACAUGUCAUCGCUGUCAGAAACCGAGCUCUAUCGACUGAGAUUUGACAGUCUCUCGACGACCGUUCAGAGGGAAUCUGGCUUCAAUGGCGAUCCGUUGCGUACGCUCAAGGCCGUCCUCGAAGGUAUAAAGCUGUACCGCCAUGUCGUGAAGCCUCCCUUAUACCAACAGGGCAAGGACCCUCUGCCGCUGUCGGAGUGGCAUCGCAAGGUCGAUAAAUCACCGAAACCGAUGAAAGUCAUCACGUUGCCGACGACUACCAUCACGAUGGAGUCCGUAGAAGACAUCGUCCGCAAAACACUGCAACACGACUUUGCGCUCGACUAUGGAGACGCCCGCUUGGAGGUAGACUUUCAACUCGGGGUGUACAAGGAGAUUUGGGAUAUUUUCGAAACGUUCAAACAGCUCUGGGCUAGGAGAAGAGCUUUACACCCGGAAGAGGAUAAACCUGUUGCUGAUGACAAUGCAGAUACAUGCGGCUUGGUCAUGGUGCCUGGCAAUGUCAAGGCUAGGACCCCUCAGAUGAGUAUCCUAGGUGACACGGCUCAAGACCUUCUCGGACGAUACGCCGACAAGUAUCUUGCCGAAAGUCCUCACGUCACGCACCAUAUCAUCAUCCAGUUCUUGGAACCUGGGAUGAAUCUCCUUUUGAAAAUUUACGACAAUCUGCUUGAUCUGAAGCAAUAAUGAACGGUCGCGGCACCCUCCUCCGACCUUACCUGACGACGUGACGAUAAAAGACCCACGACGACGUGUGAAUCAACAAUGUAUAGACGGCGUUCAACAGUUGUAUCUGAGAUAUGUUUUGU